AUGCCGAAAUUCUGGCUCACGCAGCUUGACUUGAGCCGCGCGCAGUCCCUACGCUCCGUCCCCGGCAAGCCAAACCCCGGCUGGUGUGUAGAAGUCAGGCCACGGCUUUGGGAAUUGGACCUCGAACGCGUUGUGCCCAGAAUUUUUGUUGUACUUUGGCUUUGGCCAUGCUGCUCCACCAAGGGCUUGGGUUUCUUGUGCCAUGUGAGCCAGCUGAUUCCGCGUGUGGAAACGGCUGGGCAUUGGCUACAAGUGUGGCUUGCUGCUUGCAGCGUUGCGCAUCGAGAGCCGCUUCCUGCUGGUGGAUGGUGGAUGAAGCCAGGUUGCGUCGCGACGGCUUGUCACCAGCUGCGCUCUUGCGCAGGACAGAAGCUCAUGGGGCCCAUGAUAGCCCGGCAACACAUGAUGAGAGUGAAAGACUUGCGCCAGGACUGCUUGCAAAGGUGGGGGCAGGCAUGA